GAAAAAGGAGUUGCAGUUCUGUGCUACGAUAUACAUCAGGAGUUGUCAAAUCAAUCUGCUUCCGCUCGUGUAGUUACACUGGACCCAUGUACGCGCGUUUUAUUUAUUGUAUUAGGUCUCUCCCCGUUUACAGAGCGCUACCAGUCCGUUUACACAUCGCAGGACCAGCGUGGGUCCUCGCAAGCCGGCUUUCCGAGCGUUUAUACAUGAACAUGGAACGGGCUGUAGUCAGAUGCGUGCCCUCGGAGAGCAAACUGACCAUCUCAUUCGUGUUGGAUGGCAGUCAGAAGCACAUGCUAAGGGAUCAAGCGGAGCAGCUCGGCUGCGUCCUGGCCCGAAUCGCCAACAACGCCGCCAAGGGCCACGGCAAGGCGGGCAAGAUAAAAAGAAAUAAAGCGGAUCAGUGUCCGGCGCCCAAGCCCGUGGUCAGGCUGUCCUACAAUGGCGAGUUCGUGGCGGAGGACGCCGUGAAUGCGGACGCCUGGCAGGACGGCGCUGUCCUGCAUGUGGGGGACUGUAAGUACUCGGUAGAGAGGAAUCCCCCGACUCUCACCACCGCCGAGCUGCCAGCAUCCCUGCUAGCCGGUUUCCCCGUCUGCCCGAAACUCAGGAUCGAGUUCGGGGCCUUAGAUCGCUGCCUGUUCACGUGGUACAAGGAGCGGGUCCCCGACGCGGAAGGCGACGACUGCUGGGUAGAGGCCGGGGAUAAGCGAGUGUUCACGCCGUCUAACUCGGACAUCGGUUUGAGGCUGAAGAUGCGGUGCACACCUGGGGACGGGGCGAGGUUGGGGUCGCCCGUGGAGGUGACGACCGCGGCCGCCGUGGAGGCCGGACCGGGCGCAUGUACCUUCGACAACAGGCACAUGUACACGAAUAAACUCACGGUUGAGCCGGUCGUCAGGGUGGUGUCUUAUAAUAUUUUAGCGGAUGUGUACGCGCAGACAGAGUUCUCCAGGACGGUCUUGUACCCAUACUGCGCCCCCUACGCGCUGGGUAUAGAUUACCGGCAAAAUCUCACCAAGAAGGAGCUGUCAGGCUACAACGCCGACAUCCUCUGCCUCCAAGAAGUUGACAAGGGUGUGUUCAGUGACAGCCUGUCGCCGGCGCUCGAUGCCUUCGACCUGGAUGGCGUUUUCAAGAUCAAGGAGAGGCAGCAUGAAGGUCUGGCGACGUUUUUCCGGAGGUCCCGCUUUGCGGUGCUGGGCCGCCACGACAUCGCGCUGUGCGACGCGCUGAGCUCGGACCCGCUACACGCCGACUUGCUGGAGCGCAUCUCCGCUACCCCGGCGCUCCGGGAUAAGGUGUUGGAAAGGAGCACGGUGUUACAGGUAACUGUGCUGCAGUCUUCGAAAGACCUGUCUAGGAAACUCUGUGUGGCAAACACCCACUUGUACUGGCAUCCUAAAGGUGGACAUGUACGGCUGAUCCAGAUGUUAGUGGCACUGAAGCACCUGCAGUGGGUUAUUUCAGAGCUACACCCCGGGGCCACACUGCUCUUCGCAGGCGACUUCAACAGCGCCCCAUCCUCAGGUGUACUCCAGCUGGUCACCCAGGGCGAUGUGGCCGAGAGUCACGAGGACUGGGCCUCGGACGGCCUGGAGGAGCUCUGCUCCAUGGAUGCGUCCAGCCCCUUCCGGCUGGUGAGCGCGUGCGGGGAGCCAGCCUACACGAACUACGUGGGUGGCUUCCACGGCUGCCUGGACUACGUGCUGGUGGAGCCAAGUGCCCUGGAGGUGGAUCAGGUGAUCCCCAUGCCAUGUCACCAGGAGGUCACCACCCACCAGGCUCUGCCCAGCGUCUCACAUCCCUCUGACCACAUCGCCCUGGUCUGUGACCUCAUAUGGAAGUGAUAGGUGUGCAUUCUCCGACUUCUUGGAAAUGUAAAAUUUCCAUUGCUGCAGUAAGCAAAAUCCCCUUGCGGUUGUAUGCAUUGAAUCAGGAGUGUCCCAUAACCACAUCCACUCCACCGACCAUCUGGUCUGAGAGUGAGGUGUGAGUGCAGCCCUCCAGGUACUGUCCUGCUGAGGUCCACCUUGGCCUGAUCUGGUGGCAGACCCUGCCUGAAUCCUGGCCACAUCUGAGCUGGGUUGUUAAAUUGUGAUGUAACACACCCUUUAUAAAAAAAAAAAAUGCCAACUUAAAGGGCUUUCAAAGACCUUUUUGCAAAUGGGACUGGAUAUCUUUGAUUUGAUUUACAUACGCACAUGUUUUGACGUGAUUUAGAAACCAUAACUUUGAGGGAUACGUACAGUUCAAGGAAUUUGAUAUUUUAUGGAUAAACAUUAUGCUUGUUUAAAUUAUGCUAACGGUUAUUUCCGUCGCCCAGGAUGACAAUUUACUUCAUGAUGUUAGGACACUGAAUAUUUGUUCUUUCCAGCAUGCACCAAGCCCAAAGGCAGUUAACUAGCACUGAAACUGCUUUGACAAAACUGUGCUUAUGUUUGAGACUUAGAAAACUGAAAGCUGGUUUAUAAUUGGCACCUAUUUAUUCUGGUCGUCUGUAGUGGCUAUUAAACUUCAUGUAAACUAAAAUAUGGUUUUAUAUAGGUGGCAGAAAAUGCACAAGCGGGACUUUUGUGCUUUAGAAGUGUGGAAAUCAUUAUUUACUCCACUUUGUUUGGGUACAUUUGUAUACUUCAAAAAAAAAAUUCAGAGCAAGUGUCAAAUUAGAAUUAGUCCUGUUUUGUCUAGUAUUUUCUGAUAGUAUGAAGGGGAGGGGGGAGCACUAAAAUAUUAGUUGACCAUUUAAAGCAUAGUCAACUUGUUACAGAAUGGUGUGGAGUCGGGUGCCAUAGAGCCCCUGGCACUCCUACCCAAUAACAAUCCAUAUGAAGUUCUUGCCCAGUGUCAUGAUGCCAGCUGGGUGUAGCACAGCAUAUUUACCGUAAGCUAGUCACUCUACUCCAUUCAGGCACAGGAAACAGGAAGUCACUGGCUGCACAGUAAUGCAGGUAAAUCAAGAACCGGAAACAGGAAGUAACCGGCUCCACACAGGUACACCAAAUGCCGGAAACAGGAAGUCAAUUUUAUGUUGUUUUAUUAGGAAUUACAUUGGUAAAAUGGCAAAAAUGAAGAUGCUCAGAUUUGAAGUAGUUUACUUUUACAACAAAAAAAAGGGGGGGAAUGUUUCCCAUAGCUGAAAUUUUAUGAAGAUGCUGAUCUGGCUUAAAUCAGUUUAACAUAAAAAGUACAUAUAAAAAAUUGCAGCAGAACUUGGACUGGCCUAAUAAGUUAAAAUGUAUAUCCUUCCAGAAGUGUAAAUGAAAUCAGGGUAGUAAGCAACAGAAAAAUGACAGGAAAUCCUUAGCAGGGUCAGGGAAUGGAGGUGGGAUGCAUCUAAUCAGUUAUAACUAUCAGAGAACGCUUGCCUCUAUUUACACACAAAGCCAGAGUCCAGCAAUUUGGCCAGGAGGGACAGUGAUGCAGAAUGACAGGGCUACAUUUGGGGGCUACAUUUCUAUAAAACAAAGGUUUGUGUGUGGGGGGGGGGGGGGGGGG